CAUUUUCCGGAAAUGGCUUUAAUUGAUAUUUCUGACCUUGACGAGUUAGCCGCCCAAAUAAACGAACAAACGGCUAAUGAUGAGGAAUUCUUAACAAAAAUUUGCCCGUUCGGAACCAAAGACUUUAGGGAAUUUCUCGGAAACGAAACACAAAGUUCUUACUUAAUUUGCGAACAAAUAGCCAAACAAAUUUUACCCCGUAUCCUUAUUCUUCAAGCUCGUCUUCAAAAAGCAAAAAACGAAAAAUGA